AUGGACUCGAAUUGCUGGACGGGAAGCAGAAUUCCGUCCGCGACCAUCGGCGAAUGGUACUUUCUUGUCUCAGGAACGCAUGGAAACGAGAAGGCAGAGGGUACAGGACGGCGACAAGGCCCUGCCGGGCCGUGUUUGCCGCAAAGCACGAUGACGUCCCCAACAGGGGAGGUCGAUGGAGCCGUUCGAGGCUUGCACGGCGAUGCCCUGGAUCUAACAUCUCCCUCGACAGGAUCCGGCAUUCGGAACUCGGAUCGCGGCCAGGCUUCCGCCUCGACGCACACGAGCACGAGCACGAGCACGAGCACCGAGCACCGAGCACCGAGCACUAAUCUGGAGCUCAUAGCGCUCGAGUGCAGCCAUGACGAUGAUGGCGCCAAGAGUGGAGCGGCAGGGAGGAAUUACGACAGGAGAAGCGGCAGCAGAUUCCACGAUGAUGAGAGCUCGCAUCAGGCAUCCCAGACUUCCAUCUAUCCCGCCUCUCGGGCGGCGCAACGCCUGCGGCCGAAUGCGCCACAGCUGUUUCAGCACUCUGCGCGGCGCGGCCUCGGACAAGACGACGAUCAAGCCAAGCAGUCGCAGAGACGCACGACGAGCGACUCCUACAUCCUUCGCAAUGUCUCCACCGACCCCGAGCUCAAGCAUAUCUACACUCAGCUUGCCAGAGCUGCGGAGAGCAAGGACGCAGUCCACGCUGCCAAGCUAGCUCUCCUCAUCAAGCGAAGAAAGGAGGAGCUGUGCGCUCCGUCGGGACAGGUAGAAUUCGACCCGAGCGAAAGGAUCGUCUUCCUUGCCAUCAUGCGCGCACUUGCGCCCCACGGUCUUCUCCAGGAAGUGCAGGCGGUCAGUGACGACAUGUGCUCAUUCGGCUUCUCAGAAUGCAUCGACUCGCUCAAUCAUCUGCUCGAAGCUGCCGUCAUCUCGGCCCGAAGGGAAGCCAUCGAUGACAUCCUCGACCGCAUCCGCAACUUGCCACCUCCUGCCUCCGCUCCGCAGGCUGAGAGAUCAUCCAAGCUCGCCAACCUCCUCUUCAACGCCAAGCCAGACAUGUCCAGGCCAGGCCAGACUACCGCGAUGGAGAUGCCACUCGACUACAUGCAGAAUUGGAACGCUACGACGUUUGCGCAUCUGCUCGAAAGCGCCUGCCAGGAUCACAAUCUCGAGAUGGCAUCCCUCAUGCUCUCCAGCUGCUAUCGUCUGGGCUUCACCCUGCCCCACCGGGCACUCACCCAUGCCAUCACCCUCUUUCUCCAUUCCGAAGAGCAUCGUGCCGCCGUCGAGCUCGCAGAUCUCAUGGAGCAAGGCGGUCUGGUCCAUCGCCAUGAUGUCACCAGGUCGGCCGAAAAGUCCGCAUCGAGAAUCACCAAUCCCCCUGGCUCGGGCACCAGCCCAGGUCAAGUCGCACGUCGCUUUCCGCCCAGCAUCUGGAUGUCGAUCCUGCGCGCUUGCGCCGAAGGAGGAUACCUACCCGGUGUGGAGCUCGCAUGGUCCAAGGCAGUCGUACGAGGCUUGCAAACACCGGACGACGGUCUCCUUCAGCUCAUCCUUGCCCUCUCGGCAAAGGAAGGAUGCGUUCAGAUGGCCCGAAAUUGCCUCGCACACAUCGAUCCUUCCUACACUCAACCAUCAUCGAGCCCCACCGAGGCUUCGUCAUCGCAAAGGCCGUCAAGUGGUCUGGACUUGCAGGAAUGGCAUCUGGCGCCACUCUUCGAAGCUCAGUGCAGCGCGCGCGACUAUGAAGGCGCCAUGAACACGCUUUCCGGCCUCUUCCGUCGCGGCUUCGCCAUCACCAACCGCUCCACCUCGAGGAUCAGCACUUCCAUCUUCCCCGACAAAUCGGCUUUGCAGCUCGCCGUGCAGGCGUUGACCAAAACGGCCGCAGACAAGGCCAUCGGCACCCACAUCGACAUUGUCAACGCCGUCAUCAGCGCAGCCGUGUGGCUCGGCGACCUCGCCCAGGCGCUCGAGAUCUACCGUGCGCUCCCCACGUAUCAAGUCAUUCCUCGUGAUCCUGCGAAUGUCAAGGGAGGAAAUCGAUCUCCCAACAAGAUCACCCCAACCAGGGACACGUUCAACGUACUGCUCAGUGGAUGCAUCGACAUUGCCGACUACGAGACGGGCGUAGUCAUGCUCAAGGAUCUCAACGCGCUCAAGCUCAAGCCGAACGAGGUCACGUUUGAACGCAUGAUCAUGCUGUGCUUGACGCAAAAGAACUACGAAGAUGCAUUCGGUUUUAUCGAGGAGGCCAAGGAGAGAGACAUUGUUCCAAGCCGCAAGAGCUACGAAGCCUUGGCACGCAAGUGUUUCGCACAAGACGACCAUCGCUGGGAGCUCGUGCUGUCCAACAUGUCCGAGCAGGGCUACCGACCCAGCUCCGCCCUUUUGCGCGAGUUUGACCUCGAUCCCGAUGCCUUCCGCCCCAAAACUCGCAAUCGGUUCGCUGGCAGAUCUCAUCGGGAUUGA